AUGGCUGCACCAUGGAUGGAACAUCUGGUGAAGUGGUUGAGUGACUACAUAUUCCAGAUAGUGCCCCUUCUCAGCCUAUUCAUGUAUCUUAUCCUCGCCGUCUUCUCCGACAGUCGGCGGCGUGAAAACAAAGGUUGGAAGAGAGCUUGGAAGAGACUGUUGGUAUGGUUGGCGUACCAGCUGACCGACUGGGGCCCGGCAUAUGUCAUCAGCAACCUGUACCUCGGAACGAAGCCGCAUGAGAAGAUGAGCAUUGCCUUCUGGGUGCCGUUCCUCCUGCUGCACCACGCUCGCCCGGACAACAUCAGCGCCUACGCCAUGGAGGACAGUAAACUCUGGAUGCGCCUGUGUCUGUUAGCUCUCCUUAAGUCUGCGGGAUCCUUCAUUAUUGUGUACAGGUUUAUACUUGAUGAACAUACCGCCGGGCGAUUAUUGUGCUGGGUAUCCGGCAUCAUGUUAGCCCUCGGCAUUUUGAAGUAUAUGGAGAGUAUACUAGCGCUAUGGCGAAGCGACAUGGGGCACAUCCGGCACAUCGGGUUAUCCGACAAGCAAAAGCUCAACCUCGAUGAUUAUAGAGAUCAAGAGAACCCGUCAGAACUGGAAGAUGAGAAAGCCCUGCUGGUUUCUCACGACCUGUUCGAGAUCUGCAAGGGAGCCUUCUGUGAUUAUGCAGUAAACAUGGAUCGUGUUGUCGUCAUGGACAUGUUCGCUGAAGAUAGAUGGGGGAGUAUGUGCAAGGUGGUGGAGAUGGAACUCUCCCUUAUGUAUGACAUCCUCUACACCAAGGCAUCCGUAGUCCACACCUGGCAUGGCUAUGUCAUCCGUGUGGCCUCACCGCCCCUCACCGCGGCUGCGCUGCUGCUGUUUAUUCUCCAGUGCAAAAAUGGCAUGAAGCCAAUAGAUGAAAUUGUGAGUUACAUAUUGCUGUGUACGACCUUCCUCGACUUGAGAUGGAUGUUGAGAGCACUAGCAUCAGCAUGGACACAUUCAUACUUGAAACGUAUGCCACCCAAUUGGUUGAAGCAUGAAUUUUUGUGCCAGGAGAGAUGGGCGAAGCUCCGUGGGUUGUCACUGCGUCUUUCCCGGCUCUCCUUGUGGUUGUGGACAUGUGCAUGUCCCAAGGAGCCCAGAAGCUACAGAAGGUGGGCUGGCAGCUUCGGGCAGUGCACUGCUGGAAACAGGCACAACCUACACAGCAUACCUAGACUGGUGAUUGAAUGGGAAGGCCACUCAAGUUGGAGGGACUUUGAAUGGGAAGACCAUUCCAGGGGCCUUGAGAUUCCAGAGUAUGUCAAGGAGGUGGUGUUCACUAACAUAUGGGAAAAUUUAUUCCGUGAUCCAGUGGAGCAGCUCAGGCAGGAAGAUAGAGCUGCGCCAUCAAAUCCAUCCUACCCCACUCAAGUUAAGCAACCAGCUCCGGUCCGUUUCCCAGUGAUACCUAGGCCACAAAAUCCACCCCCUCGUGUGGCCCCUGUCCCUGUGGGUAGAGCUGUGCCAUCAAAUCCAUGCCCAGCCCCUGAGACAUUUACGCCACCACGUCAGCUCCGUCUCCUUCUGAGACUUGUUCCACCAAAUUCACCCACUGAAGAGCAAGCUACAGAGCACUCGACUGAUCACUGGAGGUAUAAUCAAGCCCCGUCUGAAUCCUAUGAGCAAGUUAAUGUUAAUCUAUGGAGGGCCAAUUCUGAAGGGGCCCCGCCCCAAACCAACGAGAAAGCUGCUGACAUCAUCAACCAGACGACUCCGUUAGAUGCAAAUAUGGAGUUCCGACCUGAGCUUCAAGAAGCUAUCCUCGUCUGGCACAUCGCCACGGACGUCUUCCUCUUGUGCAGCCCCACCCCCACAGAACAGGCCAAAGAUAAAGAGGCGAUCAAGCAGAUAUCAGAUUACAUGAUGUUCCUCGUCGCCAAACGCCCUGAAAUGCUACCAGGACUUACGCUUCGGAGCCUGCACGAGAGAACACGCCAUGCUCUGGAGUUGAUAUGCAAGAAGGCCAAACACACUAGUACUAGUGGUGGAACAAACGACAAGGCGGUUGCCAGAUGGAUGCUGGAUAACCCAAAUUCUGCUGUCUGGGAAGAAACUCAAGACCAAGGCGAGGAUAAUUCUAAGGUCCCAGGUACGAUGAGUAUGACUACUGUCUUGGAAGGAACUCAACUUGCCCGGAUGCUGCUACGCCUGCCGCCCGAGGAGGAAAAAUGCAAAUUUACCAAAGGAGUCGUUGCGGUUCAAAAACUUGCAUACUGGAUUCAUCUGAAGUGCCACUCGGCUGUGGGGGAGCUUGGGGUUGGGAGGCUUGGAGGCCCAUCUGAAGUGCCACUCGGCUGUGGGUUGACCCCUCGUGUCAAGGGAGCAGGGAAUAACUCUGCACAUAUAACAUUGAACACCAGCUUCUUGACAUAG